UUAUAGUCCGGGAACGGUACAGCCUAUGACAAAACUUACUUAUCUUAUUACAGUGUGACUUUGAUUUCAGCAGACGGGCGGUCAUUGUUGAAUUGACUUAGAUAUCUAUACUCUUUGUUUCCGACCAAAAUUUCAAAACAUUGCAAACGGAAUGGCAAUGUCAGUAUACCAUCCAACAUAACGAAAAAUACCGCCAAAAUCAUCAUAAAAAUCUAGUUUUUUCCACAACAUCUUCAUAUAACAAAAAGAAAGUUUGCGAAAACUGGUUGCAGACUAGAAAUAAAACAAACACAUGUAUGCAGUUGUCUGUGUAUGAACGGGGCCAUAAAUACUACCGUACACUCAACUAACAUUGACCACUAGAAAAAGUGGAAAAACUGUCGACAGUGCAACUAGAAGAGUUUCAUCCGAAUUGUAGCUUCAGUAUUAAUUAAGCCGCAAUGACAGAAACACCAGGGAAUCACAAAUUUCCAUAUGAAAUUAAUUUACUCGAUGCAGAGAAGAAUAAGGAACUGCUUCAAUACUUUCAAGGCGAGAAAACCGGAUUUGUUCAAGUGGGACCCGAAAAAUAUUUCUUUCCAUACAAAUAUAAGUAUGAAGCUGAAAACUAUUACAAUUUUCAAGCCAGAGCGGACGAUGUGUGGAUUGUAACAUUUCCCAGGUCUGGAACGACAUUAACGCAGGAGCUGGUUUGGUUGCUUUGCAACAAUAUGGAUUUUAGAACAGCCAAAGAAAUAAAGUUGACGGAACGUUUUCCAUUUUUUGAGUUCCAUUUGUUUCUACAUCCCGAGAUCAAGAAACAAAUUCUUAAAGAGAACGCCUGUAGCAAAGAACAACAGGAAUUUGUUGAGCUAAUAUCGACACCCGGUUAUAAAUUGUUGUCUGAGAUUCCAAAAACGAAACGAAGAUUUAUUAAGACACAUUUUCCGUUGUCGUUGUUGCCACCAAGUGUGAUGGAGCAGAAGUGCAAAAUUAUUUAUGUUGCCCGCAAUCCGAUGGAUGUUGCAGUUUCAUAUUACUAUUUGAAUCGUUUGUACCGCACCCAAGGAUAUAUCGGAGAUUUUAAACAUUAUUGGAAUUACUUUCAGGAAGGGCUAAAUCCGUGGAUGCCGUAUUUUAGCCACGUUCGAGAAGCAAUGACAUUCAGAAAGACCAAGAACUUUCUCUAUCUUCAGUAUGAAGAUAUGGCUUCCGACCUUCAAAGCUCAAUUGAACACAUUGCUAAUUUUUUGGGCUGCGAAGUUGAAGAGCCCAAAAUGAAAGCACUCUUGAAGCAUCUUAAUAUAUCAAAUUUCCGUUUAAACACUUCUGUAAACGGUCAAGAGAUGAUAGACGCUCACGUUUUGAAUAAAGAAGAGAAUGGAUUUGUUCGCAUUGGGGUAACUGGGUCCUCAAUUUCCGAGUUCCAAGCUGUGCCCGGGUUGUUGGAGCAAGCAAAUAAGUGGAUUACUGAGAAUACAAUAGGCCUCAACAGACAACUAUGAGUUAUUCAAGUAGUAUUUGCUUGAAUUUUCCAUGUCAUAACAAUAAAGAUCAAGUCAAAAUAUUCUACAAAAUCAUUUGAAAUUAAAUUCUGGUAAAUUCCACAGGUCUAAAUCUUGCCUUAACGCCAGGAGUCCAUGCUUCAUGUGCGUUUAUCUAAAACUAGCAAAUGCCCGCUACUUCGUAUUCGAAAAUAGGAAUUUAUAUUAAGUGGCUUUGGAAUGUGAAAAGUGUUAAA